AUGGCAGAUAACGAUACAUUAAGUGAAAUAAUAACACCAGUUCAAGUAACAUUACCAACAACAUUAACAUUAUCCAAGCAAGAGGAAAUGCAGACUAUUGUUACUCCACCACGCAAAGUUUUUCGUGAAUAUUUACGUUGUCGUCAUUUGGGUUCACUCAAUAGAUUACCUUCACCAAAUGCAUGUCCAUAUGAAUUUGAAGCUGAUAUUGAUGUUUGUUGGAACGCAACUCUUAGUGGAACAAUGGCAUCAAGUAUUAUUGAAUAUGAUCAUGGUCAAAAUUAUUAUUAUCAUGGUGUUCGUUCUGGAAUAGAGAAUUGCACUUUAGAACGUUUUUGUCUAAGUAAUGGAACUUGGGCAAUGACUGUUUCACCAGAUAUUCAAUGUAAAUCAUGUGUUGGUGAUGGUCGACCAGUUAAAUUUAAUUCAAUCAGUAUUAUGAUAGAAACAAUGAGUUUAAGCUUAUCUCUUAUAUCGUUAACAAUUGCUAUUUUAUGUAUGAUGAAUGUCAAGUAUGUUUCAUAUAUUUAA